ACACGCACACGCACACUCACACGUUCGGCCACUCCUGCUGUGAUUGACAGCGCAACGGACUAGUGAUGGAUUCUCCUUCACCACGUUCUCUCGCUCCGCGCGCCAGUGGCUCUGUUCUCACCAGUUCGCUCGCGCUGCUGAAGGCUUGGUAACGCAAGUUUGCGCUCAGGGAUGCGGGCGCGAGGAGACGCCUGAUCAUGGCUUUGUAUUGGAUAUAUCCGUCCAUUUUUAUCCUCUAUGCUUUCAGACCGUGUCAAGGAUUGAGGAAUUACCCAGACAAUGAAGUUACACUGCUGGAUUCUGUGUCGGCGUUGGGGGAUCUGGGCUGGGAGGCCUACCCAGCAGAAGGGUGGGAGGAGAUCAGUGUGAUGGACGAGAGGAACACGCCCAUGCGCACCUACCAGGUGUGCAACGUGAUGGAGGCCAGCCAGAACAACUGGCUGCGGACGGGCCUGAUCCCACGCCACGGCGCCCAGCGCAUCUACGUGGAGAUCAAGUUCACGCUGCGCGACUGCAACAGCCUGCCGGGCGUGCCGGGCACCUGCAAGGAGACCUUCAACGUCUACUACCACGAGUCCAACUCGGACACGCCGCCCCCGCUGCGGCACCUGCGGGAGAGCCAGUACAUUAAGAUCGACACGAUCGCGGCGGACGAGAGCUUCACGCAGACGGACGUUGGCGACCGCGUCAUGAAGCUCAACACAGAAGUGCGCGACAUCGGCGGCCUGACCAAGCGUGGCGUUUACCUGGCCUUCCAGGACCUGGGCGCGUGCAUUGCGCUUGUGUCCGUGCGCGUCUUCUACAAGCGCUGCCCGCUCGCUGUGCUCAAUCUGGCGCGCUUCGCAGACACCGUCACUGGCGGCGACUCUGCGCUGGUGGAGGUGCGCGGCACGUGCCUGGAGGACGCCGAGGAGCUGGAGCCAACACGGAUGUUCUGUAGUGCCGACGGCGGGUGGCUGGUGCCCAUCGGGCGGUGCGUGUGCCGGCCGGGAUUCGAGGAGGUGGACGGCCGCUGCCAGCCCUGCCGCUCUGGCUUCUACAAGGCCUCGGCCAUGGAUGCGUACUGCGUGAAGUGCCCGCCGCACAGCUACUCUCACCAGGACAAGGCCUCCGAGUGUGUGUGUGAGAGGGGCUUCUACCGCGCUGAGACUGACCCCCGCUCCAUGGCCUGCACGCGACCCCCGUCGGCCCCGGGCACGCCCAUCUCCACAUCCAACGAGACAGCCGUCACCCUGGAGUGGAGCCCGCCCCGCGACAGCGGCGGCCGCGGCGACGUGACGUACAGCGUUCACUGCCGCAAGUGCUCGAGCGAGUCGGGCGUGGAGCGCUGCACGCCGUGCGGGGGGAGCGCCCACUUCAGCCCCCGGCAGUUCGGCCUGCCGCUGCCGCGCGUGCUCGUGACGGAGCUGCUGACGCGCACCACCUACAGCUUCAGCGUGGAGGCGCUCAACGGCGUCUCCCACCUCAGCCCCAGCCCACGCACCCUCACCACCGUCAACGUCACCACCAGCCAGGCUGUGAGUGUGGUUUUGAAGGAAAGAAGGAGCAAGGACAGCAUCACACUGGCGUGGCAUGGCCCAGACUCCUCGGAGGGGAACGUGCUAGAAUACGAGGUCACCUACUACGAAAAGAACCAACAAGACCAGAACUACACGGUCCUGAAAACCAAGGCCAACGUGAUGACAGUGGACGGCCUCAAGCCGGGGACGACCUACGUGUUCCGAGUCCGGGCCCGCACAGAGGGUGGCCAUGGCAACUACGGCGGCGAGAUCGAGCUGGAGACGAGCCACGAGGACAUGCUGGCCGUUGGAGACCCCAACCAGUUUACCAUCCUGCUUGCGUCCGUCGCGGGGGGCAUCGUGCUGCUGGUCCUGCUUGUUGCCUGCUUCGUCGUGAGCGGAAGGCACUGUGGUUACAUAAAGGCCAAGCAAGACCCAGAGGAGGAGAAGAUGCAGUUCCAGCAUGGCCGAGUCAGCCUGCCAGGUAGCCGGACCUACAUCCACCCACACACAUACGAGGACCCCAACCAGGCCGUCCGAGAUUUUGCCCAGGAGAUCGAUGUGUCCAACAUCCGCAUUGAGAGGGUGAUUGGAGCAGGAGAGUUUGGGGAGGUGUGCAGUGGGCGCCUCCGUCUGCCCAGUAAGAGGGAGAUCCACGUGGCCAUUAAGAGUCUGAAGGCAGGCUACACGGAGCAGCAGAGGCGCGACUUCCUCAGCGAGGCCAGCAUCAUGGGCCAGUUUGAACACCCCAACAUCAUACGCCUGGAAGGAGUGGUCACCAGAUGUAAGCCAGUAAUGAUCAUAACAGAGUACAUGGAGAACGGCUCAUUGGAUACCUUUCUGAAGAAGCACGACGGCCAGUUCACCGUCCUGCAGCUCUUGGGCAUGCUGAGGGGCAUCUCCGCGGGCAUGCAGUACCUGUCCGAGAUGAACUACGUGCACCGCGACCUCGCCGCCCGCAACAUCCUGGUCAACAGCAACCUGGUGUCCAAGGUGUCUGACUUUGGGCUGUCACGGGUCCUGGAGGACGAUCCGGACGCCGCCUACACGACUCGGGGGGGUAAGAUCCCCAUCCGCUGGACGGCACCUGAGGCCAUUGCCUACAGGAAGUUUACCUCAGCCAGCGACAUAUGGAGCUACGGCAUCGUCAUGUGGGAAGUCAUCUCUUAUGGAGAGCGACCAUACUGGGAGAUGUCCAACCAAGAUGUGAUCAAGGCCAUAGACGAGGGCUACCGGCUGCCGGCGCCCAUGGACUGCCCUGUGGUGAUGCACCAGCUGAUGCUGGACUGCUGGGAGAAGAACCGCAGUGACCGGCCCAAGUUCGGCCAGAUCAUGGCCACCCUGGACCGCCUGAUCCGCAGCCCCAGCUGCCUGAAGCCACUGGCCAACAGCUCUUGGGAGGAGCCUCCGUCCCCAGAGGCGGGCGUCAGCACGGUGGAGGACUGGCUGGAGUCCAUUAAGAUGAGCCAGUACAAGGAGCAGUUCAGCGGCGCCGGCUACGUCACCCUGGACUCAGUGCUGUACGUCAGCGCCAGCGAUUUGGGGAAGUUGGGUGUGUCACUGGCCGGCCACCAGAAGAAGAUCCUCACCAGUAUCCAGAGCCUCCAGGACCAGCAGCACCAGCAGCAGCAAACCCACGUCCAAGUAUAACACUCCGCCCUGCUCCAUCGGUGUCCCUUCAGCCCCUUCCAGAGACUCAGAGAGAAAGACAGAUGGGGGGGCCGCUGGCACUCCUGCCCCCCCCCCCCCCCCCCC